AUGGCAGAAGACAAAGUAGAAGCGCAGUUGCAAGUGCGAUUUGUAACUAAACAAGAACAGUAUGCUGUACCAGACAGUCCUUACGCUAUUCAGAGUAACUACCAGCCCUCGGACUUGAAUAAAGUGGUGAACGCUUUAUUAAAGGAAACUAAUGCUUCGGUAGAGAAGGCAGUAGAAUUUGACUUUUUAGUAUGCGGGGAGUUGCUCUGUUCGACUCUUGCAGAGCUUUUGCAAGAGAAGGGCAUGUCAACGGAAGAUACACUUGAGAUAGAAUACUUGGAAAGGUUCCCUGCACCUACACCACAAGAUUGUUUGAUGCAUGAUGAUUGGGUAUCUGCAGUUCAGGCACGUGACAACUGGAUUCUAUCAGGCAGCUAUGACAAUAGUGUCCACAUCUGGAGCACUAAGGGUCAACAUAAACUUGCCAUCCCAGGUCACACAUCUCCAGUUAAGGCAGUGUCUUGGAUUUCAUUCAAUGGAGACCAAGCAGUAUUUGCCAGUGCAUCACAUGACCAAUCAGCAAUGCUUUGGGUGUGGAAUGUUUCCGGCAAUUCAGUGGACUGUGUAGUGACAUGUCGUGGACAUGACAAGGGUGUGGAAUGCCUUGCUGUUUCUGCAGAUGCUAACCAGUUUGCAACAGGCAGCUGGGAUAAUAAUAUCUGCUUGUGGAGUACAAGUCUCUCUGAUGAAGAUAAUGCACCAGUCAAGAAGAAAAGCAAACCAGAGCAUGGAAACACUAGAGAACCCCUGACAACGUUGAAAGGCCACAGAGAAGCGGUAUCCGGAGUUCAGUGGAUGGAUUUUAACACAGUGCUUUCUAGUAGCUGGGAUCACUUACUUAAGAUUUGGGAUUGUGAACUUGGUGGUAUCAAGCAGGACAUUGCUGGUAAUAAAGCGUUCUUCGACGCGGAUUGGUCUCCUUUAAACAACAGUAUUAUAACAGCAUCUGCAGAUCGUCACAUACGCCUCUACGAUCCUAGAUCUACAGAAAGUAUUGUAAGGACGACGUUCACAUCUCACACUGGUUGGGUACAGUCGGUGCGCUGGUCCAAAACACGUGACACCUUGUUCCUGUCUGCUAGCUACGACGGACAGGUCAAGCUUUGGGAAACUAGAAGUCCACGGACCCCUCUCUACGAUUUAAGCGGGCACGAAGACAAAGUACUGUGCUGUGAUUGGUCGAAUCCAUCCCUUCUUGUAAGUGGUUCGUGCGAUAACACCCUAAGAAUAUUUAAGGCCAAGCAUGCCGUUGGCAAUGCGUAAGUGGAAUUCGUUGUUUUAGUUUUGUAUUUCGUUUAGAAUACAUUAAAGACAAUUGUAAACAUACAUGAAACUGAAUAUGGGAACAGGAAUUAGAAAAAAUAAAAUUCAUUGUCUUUUGACAGUUGACAUUGUCUAUUUGAUAACUUUAUAAAUAUCUUAUUAUCAGUGAUCGGAAUUGAGGAAGUUAAUUUAGCUAGACUAUA